CCGACUCAGCUGUCAGUUUCAUCGUGCUCGCUAUACUCGCUGUGUAAAACACACGAUUUAUAUCAUACUUUAAAUACUGCAGCUGCAAUAAGCGAUGAUUUAACUUUCUGCGGGAUUUUAUUUUGUUGGUUGAACUCAGUGCAUUUAGACCAGCUGAGUCCUGUUUAAACCCCUGGUGUGAUGCAUUCGCUGUCUCGGGAGAUCCAAGGCUUCUCCCAAAGCCGCCUGAAGAAACAGUGCACGCACGUCACCACUGUGAUGGGCAGGAGGCUGCUGGAGAGGAGAGGUGAUGGAGGAGAGGUAGAAGAGCUGGAGGAGGAAGGUGGAUGUGGAUUUGUAGAAGAUAAAAGCCUGGACCUUCAAGUUGGUGUCGUCAGACCCUUCCUACUGCUGGCCUCUCAGGAUGCAGCCCACGACAUUGACACCCUGCAGAGAUAUAAGGUGUCUCAUGUGUUAAACGUGGCCUACGGAGUCACCAACCUGUUCCCAGAUCAGUUGGUUUAUAAGACGCUCCAGAUCCUGGACCUCCCAGACACGGACAUCACUUCGUAUCUCGGGGAAUGCAGCUCCUUCAUAGAUGGGGCACGAGAAAAGGACGGCGUCGUGCUGGUCCACUGUAACGCGGGCAUAUCGCGCUCUACCUCCAUCGUCAUUGGCUACCUGAUGUUGAGGGAGGGGCUGGCGUUUGAUGAUGCGUACAGUCAGGUGAAGAUGGCGAGGCCCUCAAUUCGCCCAAACCCCGGCUUCUACCAGCAACUACAGAGCUACAAACCUUAAAGCUGCAAUCAAGCAGCAGAAACAAGCUUUACAUACAACACAUAUAUCAUCAUCAUCGACCCUUUAAGAUCAUGUGGUCAACUUAUUUACUCAUGCAAGUUCAAUAUUCACUCUCUUUUUUAGCUCCGUUUUUGGUCUCCACCAACUCCUGAAGGAAUUAUCUUGAUCUUUAGCAGCUAAAUGCUCCACUAUGUUCACCAGCUAGUCUCAAACUGUGUUCAUCUGCCGUUUGAUGCUGAGCAGGAAGUGUACAGUUGGUUUUUAGAGUUUUUUUUAAAAACAGCUGUAAGAGAGAACCAAAACAGGAAAGUUGCAAAACCAAAACAAUGAGCUAAAAGACGCUUAAAGGGGAACAGCAGAUUUGGUGAUAAUUAUUCGUGGUGGGUUGUCACAGUUGACACAGCGAUCCAUUGUCAAUAAAACAAUAUUGAUUAGUGUAGCUUUAAGGAACUAUGAAUGUAUCCUUCAACUUCAAAAGAAGCCUUAAAAGAUUAAAAAAAAAACACACGCACAAUUCAGUGUUAAAAAGCUGAAGGGCUUUUCUCUUACCUGUGAUUUUAUUUUGAAAAUUGUCCUGAUGUUUUCUGUUUUAAUAAUGAAAAUGUUAAUAGAACAAUCUCAUCAAAAAUGGUUUGAAUGUCUCGCUAAACAUUAAAUAAUGUGAUAAAGUAUUCGCAUUCAACGUAAGGUCAAAACUUCAUUGGGUGCCAUACGUAUAUUUGAGGUGUUGCCCAAUUUGUACGCAUGUGUUGAGUGUCUCAUUUGUCUAAAAACAGUACGUGAAAAACUGUGUUUUUAUCCCGCAGUGAAAAAAGAAACUGAUUUCCUAUUUGAUUUGUUCAUUUUGGAGACACUUGUUCUCUUUGCAGUAUAGAUUGUGUUGUAAUUAAAGACGUACCACUUU